GGGGUUGCAGCCGAGCACGGUCGAACCUUUUUGGACGGAAGGGUUGCCAACUCUCGCGUAUUAAUAUCGUGGCGAUGUGCACGAACGGCGUCAGUUGAGUUUUGCGGCGGGUUGAAUCGGAUCGGUCGCGGUGUCGCGCUAGCAUACAGGUUACCGAGACGUCAGUAGCAGUACCAGUGGCACAGGCAGUAAGCGGCAGUAGCACAAGUCGAGAUCUGCGGCACUAUCUGGGCGACAUUCUUCUCCCACCCCAACACGGUGUUGCACACCGUUGAUGCGUUCGUCAGUCAGUUUUUGGAGUGGUGCGUUUACGCGAACUUUAAGCUUAACGCAGAAAAGCCCCAUCGGCCGGCUGGUGCGUCUGUUUUCGGUGCGCGAAAAUAAAGCGUAAGACUUUGUGCGAAGUGCGUGUGUAUGUGGCUAUGGUGGCUAUGUGAGCGUGGAAAAACGAGUGUUUCCUUCUACUGUGCAUCGAAAAACACGUGCUUUUUACCGGUUGGUGUGUGGUGCGUAGUUCGGACCCCUUCAGAGCUUUUGGACGUAUGCUCCGGGCGUGUGUGUGUACUUGGAUUCAGCUGAAAAGAAAAGUUCGUUGCUAGGGCACCAAGCAAUUGACAGUUGUUGCUAGAACGCUCGUUCAAGUUGGCGGUGCAGGUUCGGUGAUCUGGUGCAUUAGGCGUUUACAUUUGACUUUGAAAACCGAUAGAAGGGUGGCCACACAGGCCCCACUACAACAUCAGCAAAGAUGAGUUCCAGCCCGCCCGUACACGUGGUGGAAGCGAUUCACGCGUUCGUUGCCAAGAUGGGCAUCCGGGAGCCACGGUUAACCGUGUCGAGCGGUUCGCGCAACGGUGACAGCUAUUCGGGCGACGUUUACCGGAUCGUCAUCACGCCCGGCAGCCGGGACAUUGAGGACUUUGAGAACAACAACAACACGAACAGUAGCAACCGGAUGCACCACAGCAACCACGGUGCAACCAAACCGACCACAGUCGACGCAAAUGGCAACGAAGAUGGCGGUGAGCUUCUUGACGCAGGGCUGCUGUUUACCGAGCUUCCGAAGCCGAUCAGCGUCAUUGCGAAGGUAGCACCGACGACCAGUUUGCGCCGCUCGCUGUACAACAGCUCCGCACACUUCCAGCGCGAGAAGUACGUCUUCGACGUGGUGCUUCCGAUGUUCGAUCGUUUCCAGCAGGCGCGCGGACUGCGCACGGCCAAAAGCUUCUCGCACUACCCGAGCGUGAUCGUGUCCGAGUGCUGCGAGGGCUUCGAGUACAUUCUGCAGCGCGAUCUGAUGGCGCAGGGCUACCGCAACUUCCCGCGCACCGAACCGCUCGCGUACGAGGACGUGCUGCUGGUGCUCACCCAUCUGGCCCAGUUCCAUGCGAUCUCGUUCGCGAUGCAGCAACAGGCCCCGGACGCGUACGCCCAGAUUGUGAAUCAGCUGCACGAGACGAUAUUUGUACCGCCGCUGCACAGCUCGUUCGUGGACUUUUUGCAGCGCAAGGUGGACUACGCGAUCGAGACGCUGCAGCGCAAUCCGGAGACGGGUGAUGGGGCGGUGGCCGAGCGGUUGUGCCGGUUUCGGGACGAGUACGGGCAGGCGAUGGUGGACUGUGUACAGAACCGGGACGAUACGGUCAUCUGCCACGGAGACUGCUGGAUCAGCAACAUUCUCUAUCGGCCAAUGCCCACACAGCGUAACGGUAUCGACGAUGGGCACAACAACAAUGGCUUCAACAAUCAUCACCACCAGCCAGCGACCGCCAAAGAGCUCAAGUUUCUCGACUGGCAGGUGGCCCGCUGUGCUACGCCCGCCAUUGACCUGUCCUACUUCAUCUUCUGCUGUACCGACAGCGAGCUGCGCGAACGGCUGCCCGAGCUGCUGCGCAAGUAUCACAGCGCCCUGAUACGCCGCAUGGAUGAGCUGGGCACCAUGAACGGGCGUGAGCUGUUCCCCUUCGAAAGGCUUCAGAUGCACAUGAAGAAGUACGCCCGAUUUGGUUUCGGCAUGGCACUAAUGACGCUUCAUUCGACCUGCUGCGUGGAAAAGGAUCUACCGAAUGUGUCGGCCGCACUGGAAACGACCGAACUGGUCGAUAUCGAUGAGCUCGCCAAGGAUAUGCUGUACAAUCCGGCGUACAUCAAGCGAAUGUCGGGCGUUUGUCGGGAUAUGGUACGGCUCGGUUACCUGUAAACAGAGUCCGCCAUGCCGCUUUCGGCGCAAGCACCUAAAUCACGCCAAACCGGUGGAAAAUCCUUCCAAAUUUCCUGCCCCAAUGCGCUUCGCCGGUCUGCGGCCCUAUUGAACAGUGCUGGGAACCCAGAGGAGAACUGUUCAACUGCCUCCCGAUGAUGGUGACCCGAUGGUGGGCUCGUCUAGGGAUAGUUAAUAGCUAGUACUUAAGUUAAUCUAACCCGUCACGUGUUUAUCCUAUGCAGUAUUCUGGGGCGCUUUGCGUACCACGUUGCGCCACUAACUACCAUACGUGUUGCGAUCGGCGCACAAACCAACCGAAACCGAAACCGAAACAUAUUACCAGAUAUGCACAGUAUUGGCAAUCGUAUUUGCAAUUGGCAGGCGCGGGUUGAUGCAGAGUUGGCACCCGCUUUUCAUGUGCGAAUGUGUCCUGCACAAACACAAAUGGUAAGCGUAAGGAAAGAAGCUAAGCUAAGUUACCAGUAGACAAGGCGCGCAACGAAACUAAACAUUACGAAUCGUAAUUGAAAUUAUUUCACAAUCAUCACAUUUUAGUGAUUGGCACAAAGAUAUUAGGACAGCUGUUAGCAGUAAGCGAUACCGGCCAACCAACGGUGUCGGUUCACUUUUAAUUCGUGUAUGUGUGUAUGUAUGAUGUAGGAGAUUGCAGUUUUCCCUUACUGUAGAGCUGCCACAUCUGACCUCUGUUUAGGAAGGGUUUGGUAGUUUUCAAACGAAAUGUUUUAUUUAAUUCGAAAUUGCAUUCCCAUUCUUAGAUGGCAAAAAUUCCUGCCCGUGACAAAACCGCCUGUACCGAAAUGUGGAGUGUUACGCUAAGUUCUCUACAAACUCUACCAAUUUCAACCAACUACAACCAACAUAUUUAGCCAUAUUCAAAAUUCCAAACAAAACUUUAAAAUAACAGCAAAAACAACCGCAUUUUGCACAUUCGUCAGACGUUCCUUCAAUGAUAGCUUUACCAUCUGGGGUUUUUUUUAUAUAUAUUUAUUCGCAAGGCAAACGGCACAACUCAGGUAGUUUGUAGAGAUAAAUUGUUAAUGUUCAAUACUUAGGAAACGGUGCGCCCGUCACAUCCGUCUCGCAAUUAAGGUAGCUGCUUAUGUAAAAACAAGUAUGUUAAUAAAGUGCUCUACUUUACGGACAAUAAUAA